UCCUCCCCGAAGGGCGGCAGCCUGGCAGGGCCCGAGAGCUGCCCGCGGUGGGGAGGGGAUAGCGGGGCGGACCCGGAGGACAUGGAGGGCGAGGAGGCCCCGUCAUGGCGGGGUCCCGGCGGGGCCGUGCGGGAGCUCUGCCGCUCCUUCGGCCACUACAACCGGCACCUGGCGCGGCUGCAGCACAACCUGCGAGAGACCAAGAGGUUCUUCCGCGACGUCAAGUUCUCCCAGGGACAUCCCUUCGCCUCGGCGCCUGCCGGUGACGGCCCCCGCUCCGCCUGGGAUGGGGAUGGGGGUCCCGGGGACGGCGGCCACAGCCCGGUGUCGUUCCCGCGGCACGAGGAGGAGCAGCUGCAGCGCUCGGUGAGCUGGCGGCCGUGCCUGCUGAUCCUGGGCCAGAACUGCCGCGCCAAGGGCCGCCUGCUCAACACGCUGCUGGGCCAGGAGCUGCUGCCCGUGCCCGGGGCUGCCACUGCCACCAAGGAGCUGCUUUCCACCCCUGGGGCUGCCACUGCCACCGAGGAGCUGCUGCCCAGGACUGCCACUGCUACCAAGGAGCUGCUGCCCACCCCUGGAGCUGGCACGGGCACCCAGGAGCUGCUGCCUGCACCUGGGGCUGCCACUGCCACCGAGGAACUGCUGCCCACCCCUGGGGCUCCCACCGCGGCGCUGCUGCCUGGGGCUGGCACCAAGGAGCUGCUGCCCACCCCCGGGGCUGGCACUGGCACUGAAGAGCUGCUUUCCACCGCUGGCACUGAAGAGCUGCUUUCCACCGCUGGGACUGUCACUGAGAAGCUGCUGCCCACCCCCGGGGCUGGCACGGGCACCGAGGAGCGCUGCCGGCGCCGCCGGGUGCGCUUCACGCACGGGGCGCGGCCGCGGCUGAGCCUGGCGCUGCCCGGGCAGUACGAGCUGGUGCAGGCGCUGGUGGCACACAGCGGGCACUGGGACACCAUCCCCGAGCAGGACCUGCAGGUGCCCGGGGACGCCGAGGAUCCCGCGCAGAGGGUGGCAGAGCUGGAGGUGGUGCUGCCCUGCGCGCUGCUCAAGGAAGUGGACAUCGUGGUGGCUCCGUGCCGGGGCUUCCAGUCAGCUGAGGCCACCCUGGCCGAGUUUGUGAACCAGGUGCUGCCCGUUGUCACCUUUGCCAUCAGCGAGCCCCAGCUGUCCCCAUCGGACCAGGCAGAACUUCGGGAAAUCAAAGAAAAAUUCUCCCUCCCCAUCUUCUUCCUCCGAAUCCCCGAGGCCGGCAGCGAGCUGAGCUCCCCCAAAAACCCCACCAAGGCCAAAUCCCCGCUGCACCUCCAGCUGCUGGAUCUGGAAUACCUGAGCCCCUCCAGCCCCUGCGGCUGCGGCGUUCCCGGCUCUUCCAUGCUGGUGGAGCAGCUGGAGAAGCUGCGGCUGCUGAGCUCCUUCUCCAGGCAGGUGCUGCAGCAGCACCUGGUGGAGGCGGCCACGAGGCUGAGCGAGGUUCACGGGCGCUGCCUCAACAUCUUCAUCAACCAGGCCUUCGACAUGCAGCGGGACCUGCAGAUCACGCCCAAGCGGCUGGAGUACACGCGCAGGAAGGAGAACGAGCUCUACGAGUCGCUGAUGGGCAUCGCCAACCGCAAGCAGGAGGAGAUGAAGGAGAUGAUCGUGGACACCCUGGGGAAUAUGAAGGAGGAGCUGCUGGAGGAUGCUGCCAGUAUGGAGUUCCGAGACAUCAUCAUUCCCGAGAGCGGCGAGCCCGUCAGCUCCAAGGACAUCAAGCGCUGCAUCCAGCAGAUCCAGGAGCUGAUCAUCUCCAGGCUGAACCAGGCCGUGGCCAACAAACUGAUCAGCUCCGUGGAUUACCUGCGCGAGAGCUUCGUGGGGACCCUGGAGCGCUGCCUCAAGAGCCUGGAGGAGUCCUGGGAGGGCUCCGUGCACCCGCCCCGGGGGCUGGAGAAACCCCGCGAGGGCUCCGGCCACAUCACCAGCAACUAUCUCAAACAGAUCCUGAACGCAGCCUAUCAUGUGGAGGUCACUUUCCACUCGGGCUCCACGGUGACCAGGAUGCUGUGGGAACAGAUCAAACAGAUAAUCCAGCGGAUCACGUGGGUCAGCCCCCCGGCCAUCACCAGCGACUGGAAGAGGAAGGUGGCCCAGGAUGCCAUCGAGAGCCUCAGCGCCUCCAAACUGGCCAAGAGCAUCUGCAGCCAGUUCCGCACGCGCCUCAACAGCUCCCACGAGGCCUUCGCCGCCUCCCUGCGCCAGCUGGAGGACGGCCACUCGGGCCGGCUCGAGAGGACCGAGGACCUGUGGCUGCGCGUGAGGAAGGAGCACGCGCCGCGGCUGGCCCGGCUCUCGCUGGAGAGCAGAUCCCUGCAGGACGUGCUGCUGCACGGGAAGCCCAAGCUGGGCAGGGAGCUGGGCCGAGGCCAGUACGGGGUGGUGUACCUGUGUGACAGCUGGGGGGGACACUUCCCCUGCGCCCUCAAAUCCGUCGUCCCUCCGGAUGAGAAGCACUGGAACGACCUGGCACUGGAAUUUCACUACAUGAGGUCCCUGCAGUCCCACGAGAGGCUGGUGCACCUGCAUGGCUCCGUUAUUGAUUAUGGCUAUGGAGGAGGCUCCAGCAUUGCUGUGCUGCUGAUCAUGGAGAGGCUGCACAGGGACCUCUACACGGGGCUGAAGGCUGGGCUGGAAUUGGAGCCACGGUUGCAGAUUGCGUUGGAUGUGGUGGAAGGGAUCCGGUACCUGCACAGCCAGGGCUUGGUGCACAGGGAUAUCAAACUCAAAAACGUCCUGCUGGACAAAAAGAAUCGGGCCAAAAUCACGGAUUUGGGGUUCUGCAAACCCGAGGCGAUGAUGUCUGGCAGCAUCGUGGGCACCCCCAUCCACAUGGCUCCCGAGCUCUUCACAGGGAAAUACGACAAUUCCGUGGAUGUUUAUGCCUUUGGGAUCCUGUUCUGGUACCUCUGCUCGGGCCACGUGAAGUUACCCGAGGCUUUUGAGAGGUGUGCGAGCAAAGAUCACCUGUGGAACAACGUCAGGAGAGGGGUGCGUCCGGAGCGGCUCCCGGUGUUUGACGAGGAAUGCUGGCAGCUGAUGGAAGCCUGCUGGGACGGGGACUCCUCCCAGCGGCCUCUCCUGGGAAUCGUGCAGCCCAUGCUCCAGGGAAUCAUGGACAGGCUCUGCCGGGCCGGCUCCGAGCAUCCCAGCAAAGGCCUGGAUGACUCCACCUGAGCGGGAAUUGCGGCGGGAUUUUGGGAAUUCCAGCCCCGCCUCUGCCGUGGAGCUGCGAGCCAGCCCCGAGGGGGGACAGGGAGGAGCUCCGAGGGGUGGCAGCUCCAUCCCAAUCCCACCCUGUUAUCCUAUGGAAUUGUGUGGGACAGGGGGUGGCAGCUCCAUCCCAAUCCCACCCCGCUAUCCUAUGGAAUUGUGUGGGACAGGGGGUGGCAGCUCCAUCCCAAUCCCACCCUGUUAUCCUAUGGAAUUGUGUGGGACAGGGGGUGGCAGCUCCAUCCCAAUCCCACCCUGUUAUCCUAUGGAAUUGUGUGGGACAGGGAGGGGCCAGCUCCAUCCCAAUCCCACCCUGUUAUCCCUAUGGAAUUGUGUGGGACAGGGGGUGGCAGCUCCAUCCCAAUCCCACCCUGUUAUCCUAUGGAAUUGUGUGGGACAGGGAGGGGCUCAGGGGGUGGCAGCUCCAUCCCAAUCCCACCCCGUUAUCCCUAUGGAAUUGUGUGGGACAGAGAGGGGCUCAGAGGGUGGCAGCUCCAUCCCAAUCCCACCCUGUUAUCCUAUGGAAUUGUGUGGGACAGGGGGUGGCAGCUCCAUCCCAAUCCCACCCCGUUAUCCUAUGGAAUUGUGUGGGACAGGGGGUGGCAGCUCCAUCCCAAUCCCACCCCGUUAUCCUAUGGAAUUGUGUGGGACAGGGAGGGGUGACAGCUCAAUCCCACCCUGUUAUCCCUAUGGAAUUGUUUGGGACAGGGGGGAGACAGCUCCAUCCCAAUCCCACCCUGUUAUCCUAUGGAAUUGUGUGGGACAAGGAGGGGCUCAGGGGGUGACAGCUCAAUCCCACCCCGUUAUCCUAUGGAAUUGUGUGGGACAGGGGGUGGCAGCUCCAUCCCAAUCCCACCCCGUUAUCCCUACGGAAUUGCGUGGCCGAGGGAUGGAAAACCCAAACCCUUCGGACUCACGGGAGGGGCUUUGCCAAUCCCAAGCCUUGGGAGGGAUCUGUGGGAUGGGAAAAUCCCUUCCCAAAGCCCCGGGGGAACGAUCCCGCUCCUCCCUCUGCCGCUGGCAGCAAUUCCAGAGCACUCGGAGAGGAAGGAAGAGGCACCAAACUUUAGGAUGAGGAAGUGUUGGGAAGCUCCAAGGAGCUGGAAAUGUUUACAUGGACAGGAGCAAAGCUUCCGUGUUUUUCUACGGGGACUUGGAAAACCCCACCUGGAUAAGCUAUUGAUCCCUAAUCCCACCUUUUCCUCCUCCUUUUUUCCUUCUCUUUUGCUUCCUUCAAUUUCCUGGAAUGGCUGGAGAAACCUUCCCUUGCUCCCACACCGCAUUCCUCAGAGGUUCUGCUUUGCAGCAGCACAAAAAGUCCUUAAAAAUAUUGAUUUAUCCCAUGGGGGGAAAGUGCCAAAAUUCCUUUGAAAUCAGGAUUUGGGGCUUGGAAUUCAUGGGAUUGUCGUGGCAGUUUUAAAUUGGGCUGAGCGUGCACAGGAAUGUUUUAAAAAAAAAGAGGAUUUGAUUUUCCAGCUUUUUUUUUUGUUUGUUUUUUCCAAAUUGGAUGGGAAGAAAGAUCCUUCCUUCUUCCCCUCACUUUCACUCCAGGGCUGGAAUUUGGUUGGAAAGAAUUAAAAAAAAAAAAAAAUAAUGGGGAUAGAGAAGAGGGGGAUCCUGGGCAAGGUCGUCUUUCCCAAAUUCCUGGAAAUCCCAGUUUGCUUCCUGCAUUUUUGGGGUGGAAUUGGGCUGGUCUGGAGCAGGAAACGCCCCUUGGUGGCUCCAUGAGGAACUGAGGAGUUGGGAAUUCUCCCUGGAAUUCCCAGGGAAGGUGGAAUUCCUUGGCUGAAAUUCCAGCUGCCCGUGGCCGAGGAUGGGUUUAGUGGGAAUCUUUUCCUUUCUUUGUGCAAUAAAAUGGAUUCAGGAGCUUUUUAUGGAGGAAAAAUGAAAAAAAAAAAAAA